GUUUUCCUAGGCUGGAGCGGCCGGGGUUUAUCGAGGCUCUGAGCUUGUGACGCGGGCGCUUGGUGAAGAUGGCAGCUCCUAGCGUGUGGUUUGUGUGUCUAUGCCUUCUGAUGGUGCUCAGCCUGACCGGAGCCGCCGAAGAGAAGAAGCGGAAGAAGAAGGAUAUCCGGGAUUACAAUGAUGCGGAUAUGGCCCGGCUGCUGGAGCAGUGGGAGGAAGAUGAUGAUAUAGAGGAAGGGGACCUCCCAGAACAUAAAAGAUCUCCACCUCCUGUAGACUUCUCUAAGCUUGAUCCAAGUAACCCAGAGAGCAUCUUACAGAUGACCAAGAAGGGCAAGACUUUAAUGAUCUUUGCGACUGUAUCGGGAAACCCCACUGAGAAGGAGACCGAGGAGAUUACAAGCCUGUGGCAGGGCAGCCUUUUUAAUGCCAACUAUGACAUCCAGAGGUUUAUUGUCGGUGCAAAUCGGGCAAUCUUUAUGCUUCGUGAUGGAAGUUAUGCCUGGGAGGUUAAAGACUUCCUUGUACAUCAAGAGAGGUGCGCAGAUGUGACUGUGGAAGGGCAGGUAUACCCUGGCAAGGGGGCAGAUGGCUCUUCAAAGAACAAUAAUAAGAUUAAGCCAGAGAAGAAGAAAAGUGGUGAAGGCAAAAAGUCCAAACCAUCUAAAGAAAGUAAUAAAGCAUCAACCCCAAAGGAAGACUUAUGACAACCGGCUCCUGCAUAGUUGACUAAACCAAACAUCCUUCCAGGAUUUAAGGAUCCAAGACAAUCUGCCUGCUACUAUUAUCAUUGACUUUUCUUAGUGUUGAGUGUGUAAUACACAAAAAAAUGAAAAUACUCAUGUUUAUGUAUGUUCCAUCUUCUGCUGGUAACUGAUUAACCCUUCUGUAUCAGAGAGAUUGAGUGCUUUACAUCUUGUUAGUACUUAAGGUCCAUUUUAUCCUUUUUAAGACCCUUCAUUACACCGAGUGUGCUAAAAGCGAGAAUCCUAUAGCUAGUAACAUUUGUUACUGUACAAAGCUCUUUGUUGCUUUAGAGACCCAGGUUUGUGACUGAUCAGUUUAUUUUCAUUGCCCUUCUUCUGAUAAUGGUUAUAAAGGCUACAGAAGGUAGAUUGAAUGUUUUUUAUGAAGUGAUGUGACCAGAUAACAUUACUUUGGGCUCCACACCCAUAUUCCAUAUUCAGCAUUACUAAUAUCAGAUAGCAAAAACCCUCAGUAUGCAGGUCCAUGAAUUUCAAUGUAUUUUUAAUUUAAAAUGUAUUUGUCGCUUGUAACAAUAUUUUCCAGUGUUCCAUGAGAAACCAUAAUAAUACUUUAUAUUUUGUGAUUUCUCAUUUCGAAUUGGAUAUUUUUUCCAUACAAUAAAUUGAAACCAAAGUUGUCCCUUAAACAAUGCUGGUAAAUGGUGUGUUGAGCAUUAGUAGGAGCUGGUGGAUAGUUAAGGGGGUUGCGUUUAGUAAAGUAUAUCAUGUUUAAGCGGAGAGGGAUGAUGGCUUCAUAUGAGAGGUUGCCAAAAACAGAGAAGCAAAACUGUGAAUAUUUGUUCCUGCCAAAUUACCGUAUUUUGACAAAAGUAAUUUUUUAAACAGA